AUGGAUCUGAGGACGGUCCUCUCCCCGCCCCCGGCCCCAGGGGAGCUCCUGCACCCUGUGGUGUACGCCUGCACGGCCGUCAUGCUGCUCUGUCUGCUGGCCUCCGCCGCCACCUACAUCGUCCACCAGAGCGCCAUCCGGAUCAGCCGCCCUGGCCGGCACACUCUCCUGAACUUCUGUCUCCACGCAGCCCUGACCUUCUCCGCCUUUGCUGGCGGCAUCAACCGCACCAGGUUCCCGACCCUGUGCCAGGCGGUGGGCAUCACGCUGCACUACUCCACACUCUCCACUCUGCUGUGGAUCGGGGUGACCGCCAGGAACAUCUACAAGCAGGUGACCAAGAAGGCCCCGCUGUGCCCGGGGGCAGGCCAGCCGCCAUACCCCAAGCAGCCCCUGCUCAGGUUCUACCUCGUCGGCGGAGGGGCCCCUCUGGUCAUCUGCGGCGUCACGGCCGCCACGAAUAUCAGGAACUACGGGAUGGAGGCCGAGGAUGCAGCGUACUGCUGGAUGGCCUGGGAGCCCAGCCUGGGCGCCUUCUACGGGCCGGUGGCCUUCAUCGCCCUGGGCACCUGCGUGUACCUCCUCGGCACCUACGCCCAGCUGCGGCGGCACCCGGAGCGCAGGUACGAGCUCAUGGAGCGGUCGGAGGAGCAGCAGCGGCUGGCGGGCCCCGAGGGCGGCCCCGGGACCCCGGGGGGCGCGCCGCCCGCCCCCGACGGCCUGGCCGCCUCACUGCUGCAGAACGAGCACUCGUUCAAGGCCCAGCUGCGGGCCGCCGCCUUCACGCUCCUCCUCUUCGUGGCCACGUGGGCCUUCGGGGCGCUGGCCGUGUCGCAGGGCCACUUCCUGGACAUGGUCUUCAGCUGCCUGUACGGCGCCUUCUGCGUGACGCUGGGGCUGUUCGUGCUCAUCCACCACUGCGCCAAGCGCGACGACGUGUGGCACUGCUGGUGGUCCUGCUGCCCCGCCCGCCGGGACCCCCACCCCGCAAAGCUCAGCGCCCGCCCUGCCUUUGACGCCAACGGGGACGCGCUGGGACACGUGGCCUGCCUGCAGGACUCGCCGUGUCCUGGUAAGGCGCUGGGCUUCGGCCACCUGUCCAGCAGCCACUGCAAGAUGACCAACCUGCAGGCCACCCAAGGCCACGUCAGCUGCCUGUCGCCGGCCACGCCCUGCUGCUCCCAGAUGCACUGCGAGCAGCUCCUGGAGGACACAGCCCACGUGCACGAGGGGGACGCCUUCGAGCACGACCCGCACCUGCACACGUGCGUCCAGGGCAGAACUAAGCCGCACUACUUCAGCCGGCACCAGGCAGCUGCGGCCGAGCAGGAAUACGCCUACCACAUCCCAUCCAGCCUGGACGGCAGCCUGCACAGCUCGCGCUCGGAAAGCCCGCCCAGCUCGCUCGAGGGCCCCGUGGGCCCUCACGGGCUGGCCUGCUGUGCCCAGGGCGACCCCUUCCCCCUGGUCAGCCAGCCCGAGGGCGGCGCCCCCAGCCCCGUGCUCUACAGCUGUCCGCCACGGCCCGGCAGGGAGGCGGCCCGUGGCCCGGCGCGCCUGGAGAUGCUCCGAAGGACACAGUCGCUGCCCUUCGGUGGCCCCGGCCAGAACGGGCUGCUCAAGGGCGAUGCGCAGGACGCCGCCCCCUUCGGCUCAGACAGCACAGGCAACAUCCGCACGGGGCCCUGGAGGAACGAGACAACGGUGUAG